AUGACUCGGUUAAGAGGGUUACUCGUUUGCUGGAUAAUUUUGGGACUUAUCUCGCCAUACGUCUGGACCCUACCCCUGGGAACCGGUGAAUUGGCGCCGGGGAGUUACACGAGGGACGCUCUUCUCCUGCUACGCAGCUUCAACAUUCCAGCCCCGCAGGACCUGCCGAAGGAUCUGCGGGCAUCGGAACCAAAGAAAAGUGGAAGGAAGAGAGGUAGGCAAGGAGGGAUAAGGCAGCGGCUCCGUCGCCGACCCCAUAAACCUCCUAUUCCUUCCAUAAUCUUCGGGAAUGCCCGCUCACUGCGGAACAAAAUGGAUGAACUGCGUGCCGUUUCCAGAGCCCACCAUGAAUACAGAGACUCGUGUUUGCUAGUUUUUAGCGAGACUUGGCUUCAUCAUAAUAUACUGGACGAGAUGGUUUCCCUGGAUGGCUUUUCCUUGAUUCGGAUGGACAGAAAUGUGAACUCUGGAAAAACUACUGGCGGAGGUGUCUGUGCAUUUGUUAACAACAAGUGGUACACUCAGUACACGGUUCGUGAGACAGAGUGUAAUUCGGACCUAGAGCUUCUAUGCGUCCAAUCCAGUCCAAAUCUCAGGAAAUGUAUCGAACAAGAGCCUGUACAAGAACCACAAGCUCAGUCCUGUAUAGGUGGAGACAGACCAGUUAAUUUCUUACCCACUGAAAAAGUCUUCAUGGUGGAAUCCCUCCUGAAAUCAAGCAAUUUCAGAGAAAAAAGAAGGUAUCGCGUCAGCCUGGAUGAAAUUCAGCGUCGCAUUGGUCCCCCAGAGUUUCUGUCUUUAAAUGAGCUUGUGUCAUAUCUGCGGACAGCAAAAUCCAAUAAAGACUCCCUGAAAGGGGAACUGGAAGCUGCUGGUAUAAUCCCUCCCCCAGUGACCCGUCUCACAUCCAUGUGUUCAAAAUUAACAGAAGAUGAAGCUGAUGACCUAGCUGUGGACCUGGGAAAGCUUGCCAGUAGGCAUAUAGAUUUCCAGUCCGCUGCUGAAACUCAGCAAUCUUCACAGGACAAGGCAACAGAUCUCCUGAAAGCAAAGUCUGUUCAGGAGUUCUUAGGACAAACCAAAAAUGUCUUGGCUCCGUUCAUGAGUCGGUACAACACAGUGACUCAUGGACUGAGGCAUGAGAGACAUUUGAGGUCUCUGUUCAAAUUCUGGAGGCGUACCUACGUCAAGUCAUACGGCAGCUUACAGAAGAAAGUUAAAGCAAUUGUGCUGUGCAUGCAGCAGUGUUUUGUUUGUUUAGUUUGCAGAUAAAAAAAGUACUAGUCUUUAACAAAAGCUUUUCCACUUGAUAGUUCUUUAUUGUAUUUUGUGUACUUUUUUUCAAAUGUUAACUUUUGUACUACUUUACAAACACAUACAAAAAAUAAUAAAACAAAACUUUGUCAGUGCUAAUGCUUAACUUUGGAAAUUAAAACCUUUACAAGAGCA